CUCAGUUGAACGCUCGACGCGAUACGGCAGGUUGCUUCCCAGAAAUUUUGUGUAUCAUUUAACCACAAAGACGAGAACGAAACCUCACAAGAUGAAGGUCUUUGCUUUGAUUUCAAUCCUCGUCCUGGUGCUGGCUACCCUGUGUUUGGCUCCAGCCGACGCCAGCUUCUGUCCGUGCGACCUCAAGACGGUGAAGACGGAGGUGUGCGGCUCCAAUGGAGUCACCUACAAGAAUCGCUGCGAGUUCGAGUGCACACAACGCGACUACAAGAAGCUGGGCCGCAUUCUGAAUAUCCGUAAUACGGGUCCUUGCUAAAGGAGCACCCAAAGAGCAGAGGGAGCUAAGGUGUUGCUUGGGCUGUGCCACCAAAUAAGUGAAAUAAGUGCUGUGAGAUUAUGGUGGAGCAUUGAAAUAAUCAUUAAUGUUUGUACAUCAAUUGUUAUGGCAAAUAAAUGUGUGCUGAAAUGGCAAUGUUUUUUAAACGAA